AUGUUUGACCAAGAAGACGACGCGUCGUGCCGCGAAAAGUGCUUCACGACCAUUACGCGCUUGCCAGCCUUCAUCGACUCAAAGCAAAUUCCAAGUAAAAGAGCGCCUUUUUCAACAAUUCAGAACCAUGCAUUUGCACACUCGGUCGAAGCAAUCUUGCCAAAGGGGGUCUACUCGAAGAUCGAAUCCUCAUUGAAAGCGACACUGGAGCGACCUCAGUAUGCACGAGUGUUCAUGACUCCUUCUGCGUUACUGGAACAUGAGUUUUUCAAUACCUACAUCAAGUCAGGGAAUAUUUUGAUGAUAUCCGAGGGCCGUUCGGGAUCUGAUAAUGUGUUCACGCUCCGAGAUGGAGUCCUCCGAAUGGAGCUUGGAAAGGAAGUUUUUGAACGAACAGGCCUCACUGGCAAACCUUUCCGCAGCAGCGGCAGGAAACACGCAAAAGAAAGAUUCUUGGUUGAAUUGAAUCUCAGGCUGCCCUCCAUGCUACAUGGCAAGAAAGGGUUUGAAAGAAUUGUCUGGGCCUUCACCAACGUUCUGACUCAACAAAUGGCAUGGCUCUUUUAUGAUCUACAGAGUACCCCUGGCACCGACCAAACCACGAGACCAAUUUACAAACUUCAUCCUCAAAUGAUGACAUGUGAACCAUCGGAGACUGAGCAUCGGCAAAUCCUCACUCCUGAAGUUCACGCCGUUGGUCAAGACCUCGAUAAUAUUUCGGAAGGUGAACUCCAGGAACAGCUGGGUUUUAUACAAGAAUGGAUUGCCAUGGUUCGAAUCAAAUCACCCCGUGUGUCUGGGGAAGAUGACGUCGAUCCAUACUUGAGCCGUUACUCGGCUCCUGGAAACCACGUACCUUCCGACUUGGUCAGCGUGAAAUGGCAUGGUUUUAUCUCGUCGCGAUGGGUAAUGGAACUAUUUUUAGCGCUACACCGCCAUACUAAAGACCAAUCCUGGUUCUCUCUUUCGGUCUCAGCGCUUGGAAAGACUGCCGUGGAGGGCAAAGACGGAUUUACUCUUAUGGUUAUACCGGAAGAAAACGGGUUGGCCAUAUCAUGGGAGCUGGUUGGCGCAUCUGUGGUCGAAAACUGA